GUCUAGGGAAAUUCAACGUGGUUCUGUUGGAUUUCCUUUUCGGGAGAGGGGAAGGAAAGUUCGAACCAACUCAACUUCUUUUACUUCCCCCCCCCCCCUUUGGAGAGGGAGGAGGGGGGGGGAUGCGACGUGGACCCCGCUGUUGGUAUCACCGUGUCCCGCUGACGGCUGCGGCGGCAGGGCAGGCUGGGGGAGAGAGAAGAAAGUUUCCGCGGCUGAAGCCUACCCCCAACGAGGAGCGGAGCCGUGCCCGCUGACGGCGGUGCGGGACAGGCACAUCUCUCUCCGGCUCCUCGCCCGCCGCCGCCGCCGUUUCCCACCGGGGCAGCCGCAGGAUGGGGAGACGGCGGUGGCUCUGGGUGCAGCCCUGCUUCCUGUGGCUGGGCUGCCUGGCGCUCUGGGCGCAGGGAGCAGCCGGGCAACAAAAGCCGCCGGCGGACCGUCCUGCGGGAGGAACGGGCGGCAUCUAUCCUGCCGCCACUUAUCGGGAGGACGGGACCGGCGGCGCCGGCGCCGCCGGCCGGGUGCGCAGGCGAGGACAGCAGGACGUCCUCCGCGGGCCUAAUGUAUGUGGCUCUAGAUUCCAUUCGUACUGUUGCCCUGGGUGGAAAACGCUCCCUGGAGGAAAUCAGUGCAUUGUUCCGAUUUGUAGAAAUAGCUGUGGUGAUGGAUUUUGUUCCCGUCCUAACAUGUGCACUUGUGCAAGUGGACAAAUAUCACCUACUUGUGGAUCAAAAUCUAUACAACAGUGCAGCAUCAGGUGCAUGAAUGGCGGCACAUGCACGGAAGACCGGUGCCAGUGCCAGAAGGGCUACGUUGGAAUUUACUGCGGGCAGCCUGUCUGUGAAAAUGGCUGCCAGAAUGGAGGACGCUGUAUUGGACCUAAUCGCUGUGCAUGUGUCUAUGGAUUUACUGGCCCUCAGUGUGAAAGAGAUUACAGAACAGGCCCAUGUUUCACACAAGUAAACAACCAGAUGUGUCAGGGCCAGCUGACUGGAAUUGUUUGCACAAAAGCCCUCUGUUGUGCAACCAUUGGGCGUGCAUGGGGUCACCCCUGUGAAAUGUGCCCUGCUCAGCCUCAGCCAUGCCGUCGUGGCUUCAUUCCUAAUAUUCGCAGUGGAGCGUGUCAAGAUGUUGAUGAAUGCCAGGCUAUCCCUGGAGUCUGCCAAGGAGGAAACUGCAUUAAUACAGUAGGUUCAUAUGAGUGCAAGUGUCCUGCUGGUCACAAACAGAAUGAAGCAACUCAAAAAUGUGAUGAUAUUGAUGAGUGCAGCAUCAUCCCAGGAAUCUGCAAAGGCGGUGAAUGCUCUAACACCAUGGGAAGUUAUUUCUGCGUCUGCCCACGGGGUUAUGUCACAUCCACGGAUGGCUCCCACUGUAUAGAUCAGAGGGGAAGUACAUGUUUCUCCAACAUAGUGAAUGGCCGCUGUGCACAGGAGCUUCCUGGUAGGUUCACCAAAAGGCAGUGCUGCUGUGAGUCUGGCCAGUGCUGGGCCAUCAGGUCUGUUCCAGAGAUGUGUCCUGUCAGAGGAUCUGAUGAACACCGCAGACUUUGUGUGGAUGGUGCUUUUGCUGGAGGUGGCUCCAGAGGUGGUGGGACAGGAGGAAACGGGUUCCUUCCGGGUGGCAAUGGCAAUGGCUAUGGCCCAGGAGCAGCAGGAUUCAUUCCCAUCCCUGGAAGCAAUGGUUUCUCCCCAGGUGUAGGCAGAGCAGGGGUAGGGACAGGUGGUCAAAGUCCCACUGGACCAAUAAUUACAGGUCUAACAAUACUGAAUCAGACAAUAGACAUUUGUAAGCACCACCCUAACCUUUGUUUAAAUGGACGCUGUAUACCAACGCUUUCUAGUUACCGAUGUGAGUGCAAUAUGGGAUAUAAACAGGAUGCAAAUGGAGAUUGUAUUGAUAUUGAUGAAUGCACAUCAAACCCAUGCUCUAAUGGAGACUGUGUCAACACACCUGGUUCCUAUUACUGCAAGUGCCAUAUCGGUUUCCAGAGGACUCCUACUAAGCAAGCUUGCAUUGAUAUAGAUGAAUGCAUCCAGAAUGGUGUUCUUUGUAAAAAUGGCCGGUGUGUAAACACUGAUGGAAGUUUCCAGUGUAUUUGCAAUGCUGGGUUUGAACUGACUACAGAUGGAAAAAAUUGUGCGGACCAUGAUGAGUGUACUACUACAAACAUGUGUUUAAAUGGGAUGUGCAUAAAUGAAGAUGGGAGUUUUAAAUGCAUCUGCAAACCAGGAUUUGUUCUGGCUCCAAGUGGGCGUUACUGUACCGAUAUUGAUGAAUGUCAGACAUCAGGAAUUUGCAUGAAUGGUCAUUGCAUAAAUACUGAAGGAUCCUUUCGGUGUGAGUGUCCACCUGGCUUGGCUGUUGGAGUUGAUGGUCGUGUCUGUGUAGAUACUCAUAUGCGUAGCACAUGCUAUGGAAGCAUCAAAAAAGGAGCCUGUGUCCGUCCUUUCCCUGGUGCUCUGACAAAGUCUGAAUGUUGCUGUGCCAAUCCUGACUAUGGUUUUGGAGAGCCAUGUCACCCCUGCCCUGCUAAAAACUCAGCUGAAUUCCAUGGCCUGUGUAGCAGUGGAAUAGGUAUUACUGUGGAUGGACGAGAUAUUAAUGAGUGUGCAUUGGAUCCUGAUAUUUGCUCCAAUGGAAUUUGUGAAAACUUACGUGGCAGCUAUCGUUGUAACUGUAACAGUGGCUAUGAGCCUGAUCCUUCUGGAAGGAAUUGUGUGGAUAUUGAUGAAUGUUCAGUGAAUGGGCUGCUGUGUGAUAAUGGCCUCUGUCGAAACACCCCUGGAAGUUACAGCUGCACUUGUCCAAAGGGUUAUGUGUUCAGCACUGAGACAGACACAUGUGAAGAUAUAAAUGAAUGUGAAAACAGCCCCUGUGUCAAUGGUGCCUGCAGGAACAAUCUUGGAUCUUUCAAUUGUGAAUGUUCACUUGGCAGCAAGUUGGACUCUACAGGACUGAUAUGUAUUGAUAGCCUGAAGGGGACUUGCUGGCUUAACAUCCAAGACAGUCGCUGUGAAGUCAACAUCAAUGGUGCUACACUGAAAUCUGAAUGCUGUGCUACCUUAGGAGCAGCUUGGGGCAGCCCAUGUGAGCGAUGUGAAUUAGCAGUGGUAUAUCUUUCUGGCUUGAUUCCAGACGUGGCUUGCUCAAGAGGAUUUGCCAGAGUGAAGGGUGUUACCUGUGAAGAUGUAAAUGAGUGUGAUGUUUUCCCGGGGGUUUGUCCCAAUGGGCGGUGCAUUAACAGCAGAGGCUCAUUUCACUGUGAGUGCCCUGAAGGACUGACACUGGACGGAACAGGGCGAGUGUGUUUAGAUAUACGCAUGGAGCAAUGCUACCUGAAAUGGGAUGAAGAUGAGUGCAUUCAAUCUGUGCCUGGCAAGUUUCGUAUGGAUGCCUGCUGCUGUGCUGUGGGGGCUGCCUGGGGCUCCGACUGUGAGGAGUGUCCUAAACCUGGCACCAAGGAAUAUGAGGCUCUGUGCCCCAGAGGUCCUGGCUUUUCCAACAGGGGAGAUAUUCUAACUGGCAGGCCAUUUUAUAAAGAUAUCAAUGAAUGUAAAGUGUUCCCUGGUAUGUGCAUGAAUGGUAAAUGCAGAAACACAAUUGGAAGUUUCAAAUGUAGAUGUAACAGCGGGUUUACUUUAGAUAUGGAGGAAAGAAACUGUACAGACAUUGAUGAGUGCCGGAUCUCCCCAGACUUAUGUGGAAGUGGUACUUGUGUCAACACUCCUGGAAGCUUUGAGUGUGAGUGCUUUGAUGGUUACGAAAGUGGAUUUAUGAUGAUGAAGAACUGUAUGGAUAUUGAUGAAUGUGAACGCAACCCUCUGCUGUGUAGAGGUGGCACAUGUGUGAACACUGAAGGAAGUUUUAGGUGUGACUGUCCUUUGGGACAUGAGCUGUCACCAUCACGUGAGGAAUGCAUAGAUGUAAAUGAGUGCUCGUUAAGUGACAAUCUCUGCAGAAAUGGCAAGUGUGUGAACAUGGUCGGAACAUACCAAUGUUCCUGUAACUCUGGGUACCAGGCCACUCCUGACAGACAAGGUUGCAUAGAUAUUGAUGAAUGUAUGAUAAUGAAUGGAGGCUGUGACACCCACUGCACUAACUCAGAAGGCAGCUAUGAAUGUAGCUGCAGUGAUGGCUAUGCUCUAAUGCCAGAUGUCAGGACAUGUGCAGAUAUUGAUGAAUGUGAAAACAAUCCAGAUAUCUGUGAUGGUGGGCAAUGUACUAAUAUUCCAGGAGAAUAUCGCUGUCUGUGUUAUGAUGGAUUUAUGGCUUCUAUGGACAUGAAAACUUGUAUUGAUGUGAAUGAAUGUGAUUUAAAUUCCAACAUCUGUAUGUUUGGGGAGUGUGAAAACACUAAAGGGUCCUUCAUUUGUCACUGUCAGCUAGGAUAUUCAGUCAAGAAAGGAACCACUGGAUGCACAGAUGUGGACGAGUGUGAAAUUGGUGCUCACAACUGUGACAUGCAUGCCUCAUGUGUCAAUGUACCGGGAAGUUUUAAAUGUAGUUGCAGAGAAGGAUGGCUUGGAAAUGGCAUUAAAUGUAUUGAUCUUGAUGAGUGCUCCAAUGGGACCCACCAGUGCAGUGUGAGUGCUCAGUGUGUGAACACCCCUGGGUCAUACCGCUGUGCCUGUGCAGAGGGAUUCACUGGGGAUGGGUUCACUUGUUCUGAUGUUGAUGAGUGUGCAGAAAAUAUUAAUCUAUGUGAAAAUGGACAGUGUUUGAACAUCCCUGGUGCCUACCGUUGUGAGUGUGAGAUGGGAUUCACUCCCGCCUCGAACAGCAAGUUGUGCCAAGAUAUUGAUGAAUGCUCCUUCCAGAACAUAUGUGUAUUUGGUACCUGUAACAAUCUACCAGGAAUGUUUCAUUGUAUCUGUGAUGAUGGCUACGAACUAGAUCGAACUGGGGGAAACUGUACAGAUAUCGAUGAAUGUGCUGAUCCCAUUAAUUGUGUUAAUGGUCUUUGUGUAAAUACUCCCGGAAGGUAUGAGUGUAAAUGCCCUCCAGACUUCCAGCUGAAUCCUACUGGAGUGGGUUGUGUCGAUAACCGUGUUGGCAAUUGCUACCUGAAGUAUGGACCACGAGGGGAUGGGAGCCUAUCCUGCAACACUGAAAUUGGGGUUGGAGUUAGUCGUUCCUCAUGCUGCUGCUCUCUAGGAAAGGCUUGGGGAAACCCCUGUGAGACGUGUCCCCCUGUAAACAGCACAGAAUAUAAUACUCUCUGUCCAGGGGGAGAAGGAUUCAGACCAAAUCCCAUCACUAUUAUUUUAGAAGACAUUGAUGAAUGUCAGGAACUGCCAGGUCUCUGCCAAGGUGGAAAUUGCAUCAAUACUUUUGGCAGCUUCCAAUGUGAAUGUCCAGAAGGCUACUACCUCAGUGAAAAGACAAGAAUCUGUGAAGAUAUUGAUGAGUGUGUUGCACAUCCUGGUGUCUGUGGUCCUGGCACCUGCUACAAUACCUUGGGGAACUACACCUGCAUUUGCCCACCUGAAUAUAUGCAGGUGAACGGAGGACAUAACUGCAUGGACAUGAGGAAAAGCUUUUGCUACAGAAGCUAUAAUGGAACAUCCUGUGAGAAUGAACUGCCCUUCAAUGUGACCAAGCGGAUGUGUUGCUGCACAUACAAUAUUGGGAAAGCCUGGAACAAACCUUGUGAACCAUGUCCAACUCCAGGAACAGCUGAAUUCAAGAACAUAUGUGGGAAUAUUCCUGGUUUCACUUUUGACAUUCAUACUGGAAAAGCUGUUGACAUUGAUGAAUGUAAGGAAAUCCCAGGAAUCUGUGCAAAUGGCAUUUGCAUCAAUCAGAUUGGCAGCUUCCGCUGUGAAUGCCCCACUGGAUUCAGCUACAAUGACCUGCUCUUGAUCUGUGAAGAUAUUGAUGAGUGCAGCAAUGGAGACAGUCUCUGUCAAAGAAAUGCAGAUUGUAUCAACAGUCCUGGUAGUUACCGCUGUGAAUGUGCUGCUGGUUUUAAACUUUCACCCAAUGGUGCCUGUGUUGAUCGCAAUGAAUGUCUGGAAAUUCCUAAUGUUUGCAGUCAUGGUUUAUGUGUGGACAUGCAAGGAAGUUACCAGUGCAUAUGUCACAAUGGUUUUAAGGCAUCCCAAGACCAGACAAUGUGCAUGGAUGUUGAUGAAUGUGAACAUCAUCCAUGUGGAAAUGGAACUUGUAAAAACACGGUUGGAUCGUAUAACUGCCUGUGUUAUCCAGGAUUUGAAUUAACUCAUAAUAAUGAUUGUAUGGAUAUCGAUGAGUGCAGUUCCUUCUUUGGUCAGGUGUGCAGAAAUGGACGGUGUUUCAAUGAAAUUGGUUCCUUCAGAUGUUUAUGUAAUGAAGGAUAUGAACUUAAUCUGGAUGGCAAGAAUUGCAUUGAUACUAACGAGUGUGUGGCACUACCUGGUUCAUGCUCUCCUGGUACCUGUCAAAAUUUGGAAGGAUCAUUUAGAUGCAUCUGUCCACCAGGAUAUGAAGUAAAAAGUGAAAGUUGUAUUGAUAUUAAUGAGUGUACUGAGUAUCCCAACAUCUGUCUUUUUGGCUCUUGUACGAACAUUCCAGGAGGUUUCCAGUGCAUCUGUCCUACAGGUUUUGUGCUGUCUGAUAAUGGACGAAGAUGUUUUGAUACUCGCCAGAGCUUCUGUUUCACUAACUUUGAGAAUGGGAAAUGUUCAGUGCCAAAGGCUUUCAACACCACAAAGGCAAAGUGUUGCUGCAGUAAAAUGCCAGGAGAAGGAUGGGGUGAUCCUUGUGAGCUCUGUCCAAAGGAAGAAGAAGUUGCUUUUCAGGACCUGUGUCCAUAUGGUCAUGGAACUAUUCCUGGAAUUGAUGAUACACGUGAAGAUGUCAAUGAAUGCCUUGAAAGCCCAGGGAUUUGCUCAAAUGGUCACUGCAUCAAUACGGAUGGAUCAUUCCGCUGUGAGUGCCCCAUGGGAUACAACUUAGACUACACUGGAGUACAUUGCAUCGAUACUGAUGAAUGUUCAAUUGGCAACCCAUGUGGAAACGGUACAUGCACUAACGUGAUCGGCAGUUUUGAGUGCAACUGUCACGAAGGAUUUGAGCCAGGCCCAAUGAUGAAUUGUGAAGAUGUAAAUGAGUGUGCUCAGAAUCCCUUGCUGUGUGCUUUUCGUUGUAUCAACACUUACGGUUUCUAUGAAUGCACAUGUCCAGUUGGCUAUGAACUAAGACAAGACCAAAAGAUGUGCAAAGAUCUAGAUGAGUGUGCUGAAGGUCUCCAUGACUGCGAAUCAAAAAGCAUGGUGUGCAAAAAUUUGAUUGGUACCUUCAUGUGCAUUUGUCCUCUUGGAAUGACCCGGAGACCUGAUGGAGAAGGCUGCACAGAUGAAAAUGAAUGCCGCACCAAGCCAGGUAUCUGUGAAAAUGGUCAUUGCAUGAACGUUAUUGGGAGCUACCGAUGUGAAUGUAAUGAAGGAUUCCUGCCAAGUCCAUCAGGCAUUGAGUGUCUUGAUAAUCGCAAAGGGUUUUGCUUUGCUGAAGUUUUACAGACAAUGUGUCAGAUGGCUUCAAGCAGCCAGAAUCUUGUCACUAAAUCUGAGUGCUGCUGUGAUGGAGGCCGGGGCUGGGGUAACCAGUGUGAGCUCUGUCCACUUCCCGGAACCACCCAAUAUAAGAAACUCUGUCCACAUGGACCAGGCUAUACUACAGAUGGAAGAGAUAUUGAUGAAUGUAAGGUCAUGCCAAACCCAUGUAGAGAUGGACAGUGUAUUAACACUAUGGGCUCCUUCCGAUGCUUUUGCAAAGUUGGCUAUACCACUGACAUUAGCAGCACAUCUUGUAUUGAUCUUGAUGAGUGCUCUCAGUCUCCUAAACCAUGCAAUUUUAUCUGCAAGAACUCAGAAGGGAGCUAUCAGUGCUCAUGUCCUCGGGGUUACGUCCUUCAAGAAGAUGGAAAGACAUGUAAAGAUCUUGAUGAAUGUCAAACCAAACAACAUAAUUGUCAAUUUCUCUGUGUCAACACCCUUGGAGGCUUCACAUGCAAAUGUCCACCUGGUUUUACACAACAUCAUACAGCUUGUAUUGAUAACAAUGAAUGUGGUUCUCAGCCAUCGCUCUGCGGAUCAAAAGGAAUUUGCCAAAACACUCCUGGAAGUUUUACCUGUGAAUGUCAAAGGGGAUUUUCUCUGGAUUCUACUGGAUUAAACUGUGAAGAUGUGGAUGAAUGUGAUGGAAACCAUAGGUGCCAGCAUGGCUGUCAAAACAUCCUGGGUGGAUAUAGAUGUGGAUGCCCACAAGGAUAUAUUCAGCAUUACCAGUGGAAUCAAUGUGUUGAUGAAAAUGAAUGCUCCAAUCCUAACACAUGUGGUUCUGCUUCUUGCUACAACACACUUGGAAGUUACAAGUGUGCCUGCCCAUCUGGAUUUUCUUACGACCAGUUUUCCAGUGCAUGCCAUGAUGUGAAUGAGUGUUCUUCCACCAAGAACCCCUGCAAUUAUGGUUGUUCCAACACUGAAGGUGGUUAUCUCUGUGGCUGUCCACCUGGCUAUUACAGAGUUGGACAAGGCCACUGUGUCUCAGGAAUGGGAUUUAACAAAGGCCAGUACCUGCCACUGAAUGGAGAUGCUGAUGAAGAGAAUGCUUUGUCCCCUGAAGCAUGUUAUGAGUGCAAAAUCAAUAGCUAUUCCAAAAAGGACAACCGGAAGAAGAGAAGUGCUAAUGACACUAGUGUGCAGAUUAAUUUGGAAAGUCUAGACGUGGAUAGUCCUUUGAAGAUGAGAGUCAACAUUUCCAGGCUUGACAACAAGGAGCACAUCCUAGAACUCAUGCCAGCCAUUGAGCCCCUUACCAACCACGUGCGCUACAUCAUCUCACAUGGCAAUGAUAAUGGCAUCUUUCAAAUCCAUCGGAGGAAUGGACUUAGUUAUUUGCACACAGUUAAGAAAAAGUCAGUGCCUGGAACUCACACACUGGAAAUCAUUAGCAUUCCUCUAUAUAAGAAAAAAGAGCUAAAGAAACUGGAAGACAGCAAUGAGGACAACUACCUCCGAGGAGAGCUCGGGGAAGCUCUCAAAAUGAGGCUGUGGAUAGACCUCUACUAGCCAUCUUCCAGACUGAGUCCAGUUCUUCAGUCACUUCUGUUCACCUAUCUAGCCACUUGAGCAUAUCUGCUUUUGAAACAGUCACUGACUUUUGGGGGAGGAAGGGGGAGGGGAAGACCUCUUUAUUUCCAUCCUGUCGAGACUGCAGAGCCCUUGCAGGAGGGUAACUUAAACUCUGCCACCACCAAAACUUUGAUUACAAUGCCAAUCAUGGUUACUGUAUCUUUUACAUAACCUCAAUUUAAAGUACAUUAAAAAAAGCUAAAGUUGAAGAAGUCAUCAUAUGGCACUAAAUGGCACAAAAAUGUGAGCUAUUUUUUUCCUGUUAGCAGUCUGUAACACUUUGGGUAUUUUGCUAUAGUUCCUAAUAAAAAAAAAUAUAGAACUUUAUUUAUUUUUAAUGCAGUAAUAUAUGGAGAAAAUAACAAAUUAUGUAAACAAAAAGGGAAAUUUGCUUGUUUUUCUUUAGGUUUAUAAAUUUGAGCUAUAACAUUUUAGAAGUACUUUCUUAUUCGAAAAAACAGAUUUGAAAGAUGUUUCCUUUUGUAUUUGGGCCAGUCAUCCAAAUAGUAUAUAAGUAAUUUUAAAAUGUAUCAGAGCUGAAAGAGCACUGUAGUACAUCUUCUGGAUAUUCUAAAGUGCUCUUCCAAAACUUUGAGUAUUAAAAAAAAAGAGAGAGUCUUAAAGGACAAGAAUUACAAUACCAGUCUCUGCAGAGACCAUAUUUCACAGCAGCUCAAUAGGAUUGUAUUCUCAUCAGCCACAUCAAAUAAUGGAAGAAGACGCACAACCACUGUAGCAAAAUACCUUGACUGCUUUCAAUACCAUUAGAAUUGCAGAACCAAACUGUACUGUACUUCCUUCCAAUAACCUCAAGGAACCACACAUGCAACCACACCUCAUUCUCAGAAAGGGUGCUCUACAAACUUGCAUUACUGUAGGCAGCUGAAGAAAAUGUCUCUCUGAAGGGAAUGCAUGAUGUUUCAUACUGUUUGGUGCUGGCUUGAAUUAAUGGUGCAUUUACUAAAAAGUGAGAGCUGUAUCAGGACUGCCAUAUGUGCAAACUAAUUAUGCAGCACAGACAAGGAAAAUGUGUAUUUGAAAUCCAUUUGUUAGAAGUUUCAUUAAUACUGUAGUUAUACACCAUACGCCUCAUUUUAUCAUAGCUUAUUUUGUAAGAAAGAUGAUUGUACAAUGAGUUGACAUUUAGCUUGCUUUAGUAAUUUUUUUAAAAAAAUGUUGUACCAUUAUGUGUUAAGUGUAUGUCUCAAUGGUGCUUUUUUCGACAGCUGGUGCCUGUAACUAGUCAUGUAACAGAAUCUCAUAUGUGAAAAUAGCCAAAGCAUAUGCUGACUCCAGGAUUGUUUCAGUCACAUGUCAGUGCUGACCAAAGAUUAUAUCUAGUUAUACUCAGUGAUUUUUCUUUUCUUUUGUUUUCUUUUCUUUUAUUGAGUUUGGGGAUUUUGAAAAGAAAAAGAAACUUUGUACAUUUUUAAUCAAAUGUUUGUAAGAAAAAAAAAAAAAGCCUUGUUUGAAGGUCUGUAUC